AGUACCAGAUUCAAGAGGGAUUCUAGAACCAGGUGGCCUGGUCACAUCUUUCUAGGACUAACCACAGUUUGGGCUCACAGGAAAAAUAAAACCAUUCAUGGGCCAUUGUUUUGAGCACUGAACCAUUAAGUCCCUCAAGUAUCACUCCUGGCCCCUAUUCUCGCAUUUAGAAUUAAAAGCAGAUUCAUUUUUCUAACGUCACAUGCAAGAAUGAUACACGCACAAAACUAGAAGAGACACGUUCAGCAGAGUGGAACUUUAAAAUGGAUGUUCCAGGCCCUGUUUUGCAUAAAGCAUCUUUGAGUUAUGAAUCUUUAUAAGCCACUUUUCAUGAAGCAUGGGGGUGGGGGGCGUGACUUACCAUGUUCUUAUGGGCUUGGCCCAAGUCACUUGAUUGGUUCCUGGUCUCCCACAGCUGCUGCAUUCACACCGGAGCAAUGCCACUGCCAACCUCAAGAGUGAGACUUACAUGCACAGGAGUUGGAGCUUGCUUGGCCACUGGCCCACAAACCAGGUGAAGACAUCAGGCUGGGGAUGAAUUUUGCACCACGCUCCUUCCCUCCGAGUGUCCCUGGGAUGUGGAGGAACGAGGUGCUUGACUUCUUUGGGGUCAGGUCCUAGAUGCUCGAUGACGAGUCCGAUCUGAAAAACGAGAUCGCUGCCGAAGGACGGUUUGCUAUGAGCUGGAAUUCCUCGAGACAGGAAGCAGGGGAGCAGGUGGCUGUAUUCCGGGCUAUGGAUGGACGAGCGCAUGUCGUCGAUGCCUAUUGCCCACACCUGGGCGCUAACCUGGCGGUUGGUGGCCGCGUGGUGGGUGACUGUAUCGAGUGCCCGUUUCAUGGAUGGCAGUUCCGGGGAGAAGAUGGAAAAUGCACUACAAUCCCAUACACUGAUAAAGUGCCGGACUUCGCACAGAUUAAAACCUGGCCCUCGUGCGAAGUGAAUGGAAUGAUCCUUGUCUGGUAUCACUGUGAUGGCGGGGCUCCCGAGUGGGCUGUCCCGGAACAGGCGGAGAUCACGUCCAAGGAGUGGGUCUAUCGUGGCUACACCGAGCAUUUUGUCAGUGCCCACAUUCAGGAAAUCCCUGAAAAUGCCGCAGACUUUGCUCAUCUAACUUUUCUCCACGGACCUGUGUUCAUGAGUGGAACUGACCUGAGAUACACCCGCUCCAAGCUGUGGGAUUCUGUGAAGCACUGUUGGAAGGCGGAAUGGCAGCCGGAGCCAGAACCCAACAAGCACUGUUCCCAGAUGGUGGUUCAACACAGUCUCACCGUCUUUGGGAAGCAUUUCUCCUUUCUGGAUUUCUUUGUUAGAGCCAGACAGGUGGGGCCGGGGCUUGUCUUCCUGACCUUUGAGCACGCUUUCCUGGGCCGCGGGGUCAUUCUGCAGAGCGUCACUCCUGUGGAGCCUCUCCUGCAGCACGUGGUCCACAGAAUCUAUUAUCAGCGGGCCAUGCCGGCGGCGAUCCCCAAGUUCAUCCUGAAUGUGGAGUGCAUUCAGUUUGAACGUGACAUCAUGAUCUGGAAUAACAAGCAGUAUCUUUCUAAGCCGCUGCUGGUCAAAGAAGAUUCCACAAUCCAAAGGCACAGACGCUGGUUUGCUCAAUUUUACAGCAAGAACAGCACUAGAUUCACUCGCCAGAAGGAUGGACUGGACUGGUGAGGGCCUCCUGGCUGUCCAAAGGCUCCUCCCUGCCUCGCCAAUGAGAGUGACACUCAAGCUCAGAGCAAGAUAAUGAACCUGCACACCCGCAUCUCAGCACACAGGACUGCAACCUUCAGGUUUCUGGUCUGGCUGGUGGGCCUCAGGCUUCGGCUUCAGCCUUGGGUCUCCGCAAGUCUAAGCCAGCCCUAAUGAGCCCAUUAAAAUGGGGUCAGAUCCCACUCGGGAGUUCCAACGCGCCGUUUGAGAAGCCCUGGCACAGGCUUUGCGGUCAGAACUGUAUGGUAGCUCCGGGUGGGUCCCCUCUCCAAUGAGAAAAUGAGACAGACUCCCCUUGAGAAAUCGUCUGUACCCUACAGCAGGGGUCAGGAACUUGUGGCCCACAGUUUGGCUUGGGGCUCACCCUCCGCCCCCAGCUCUGAACCACACCUGUAAUACUCAGCAAACCUUUUCACUACUUGGUCUUCCUUUAAAAAAUAAAAAUAAAUAAAAAGGACACAUUUCCUGCCACCUACACUGCCUCUCUCCUGCGUAUUCCAUGUGGCCUCCUCUUGAAAACAGAGAUUGAUUUUGCUCUGGGGCUAAAUACAGCCAACCGCUAGCAUGCCCCUCCCUUUUACUUUUCUUCCUUCUGCAUUCCUCAGACCCAGAACACCAGUUAUAUUUAACAGGCGUUUUGGGUACAACACAGGAUAAGGCCUACUGCAGAGUUUUAUGGCUGGUCCAUACAGUCCACCAAAGACUAUACA